GAGAAUGGUGCAAACAAGGAGCAACGUCCCCACCACCAGCCACGUCGUUGGCGAGGAGAACGCGCCGGGCAGCGGCAAUGGUACGGGCGGCAUCGGGAUUGGAGAAGGUCAAUAAACUUCUAGGCGACCGCUCUUCGAUGGGACUAACUACAAGUAUUGGAAAGAGCGGAUGAGAAUCUUUAUCCGCUCAACCAACUUCCAAUUGUGGUUGGUCAUCAAGAAUGGCGAAGAGACGCCAAUGAAAAAGGUUGGGGAGACACUUGUCCCAAAGACCGAGGAUGAAUUUGAUGCCGAAGACAUCAAGAGAGUAGAGAACUACGCAAAGGCUAUUAACAUGCUUUACUGUGCGGUCAACCCCGACGAUUAUCGUAAGAUCUCCUGCUGCACAACCGCUAUGUGGGACAAACUUGAGGUAACAUACGAAGGUACGGACCAAGUUCGAGAAGCCAAAAUUAACUUCCUCACGCAGGAGUACGAGAUGUUCAGGAUGAAAGAAGGCGAGAAGAUCGACGACAUGUUCGAUCGCUUCUCGAACAUCAUCAAUGAUCUUCAUGCCCUCAAGAAGACGUACGCCAACAAGGACCUCGUGAGGAAAAGCCUGCGGAGCCUCACUCCCGAAUGGAGAUCAAAGGCCGACGCCAUCUAUGAAUCCAUUGAAGUCUCCAACGUCACCAUCGACGGAUUAAGUUGAAUCUUAAAACUUAUGAAUCUACUAUUCUAACCCCGUCUUUGGAUGAACAAAAGAAGAAGGGGAUAGCGCUCAAAGCAACCAAGGAAACGGUUGAAGAGGAAUCAAGUGAUGAAAACAACAAGUUUGGCCUCAUCAUCAAGAAAUUCAACAAAUUUAU